AUGCCUGCUUAUCACUCCUCGCAAGUAGCGCAAAUGUCGCUGGGCAACAUCGGCCUUCUUGCUCUUCGCGGUGAGCAGAAAGGACCGGGCCCUAGAGCUGAUCCAAACUCGGAAGACAUCAUUGACGAAGCGAUCCGCUUCUUCAAGGCGAACGUAUUCUUUAAAUCAUUCAAGCCUGAGAGCGAUGCCGAUCGUUUGCUGAUUUACGUCACCUUGUGGAUUCAAGAAUGCUUGAAAACUCUUCAGAAGUGCACAUCAAAAGACCAGGCAUGGAAGGAGCUUUACGCUCGAUCGGUUCAGGAGCAUCCGCUGCCGGGUGACUCGCGAUUUCCUUUGAAUUCUUACAUCCACCAGCCUAAUCCCAGCGAGGCGAAUAAGCUGCGUGAGUAUCUUAAGCAAGUCCGACUGGAAACGUCGAGAAGAAUGAUCGAUCAUGCUUUGAAGGAUGAUGCUGAGCUGCGAGUUUCAUGCGAGUUUGCACGAUUGAGCCAAAAGAAUGUUCUUCUGUACUCUCGGAGACGGAAGCGCGCUGCUGAUGAUGCCGCUGAUGAUUUUACGAACAGAAUAGUCGGCUUCGAUGCCGAGACUCCACUUGCGAAUUUUACCGUUGAAGCAGUGUUGCAACCGUCGAUAGUCGAGCCUAAUGCCCUCCCGAAGUAUGCUACGCCAAAUGCUAUUCCGCUUGUUUUCAAAGGGAAACUGAAAAACGAGCGCGACCAGGAUCUCGGAACAGCUGAACUUCAUUUCAACACUUUUGAUAAGCUGAGGUACUUGAAAAUCAGCGAUAAUCAUGAAGAAGGAAGCUUCAUCGGCGAGCCACAUUUGGGUAGACUGAAGGAUGCAGAUGACGACGAUGAUCUACUGCUAUACAGACAGAGCUUUGCAAAGAAACGCGCCCGUGGCACCUGCGCACCGCCUCUUGGACUUGAAAUGCAUCAAGGAAAAGAACCGAAAAGUAGCAACGAAAGAGAAAGACGUGAGACCGACGAGGAUGAGCAGAGACUUCUACGAGGCCUUGGAGGGCCCAACUUCAAGCUACGAGACUGCAAAAUUAAGCUCGUAGCGGACGAGCGCUUUAACUCUGAGAUCGGCCAGGGCGAUGCCGACAAAACAAUCGGAUAUAUGAUCUCUGUGAUAACGACGGCUGACAACAUCUUCCGGCAUACGGACUGGCUCGAACGGCAAGAUCUAAAAGAUUCAAAUGGCAAUACAAUAGAAGCGAAAGGUUUCGGGUUUACAAUCGCGCAGAUUGAAGUCUGGUCGGAUCCGAACAAUGGACCCUUUCUCAAUGCAACUGAGAUCAUGGAUGAUAAGACUUCCCAAGAUUGCGAGUCUAGUCAAAGUACUGCUCCAGUCUGUCGAUACCUGAAGGAGUUUGCGAAGAAAGUAGUUGUCGAGGAACAACUGGAAACGGGCGAAAUUCAAAAAAUGUGUCUUGCGCAUCUUUUUACGCACACAGAUUUUCCAGAAGGAAUCCUUGGAUUAGCGCAUAUUGGCCGACAAGCUAAUGGGAAUAACGCAGCGAUGGGAAUAUGUGCCAACACGGAUACAGACUCAAGUGGAGCACAUUUAAAUACAGCUCUUACUUCUACAUUGAACUGGGGAUCGAAAAUCCUCACAGAUGAAGCUCAGCUUGUCACAACUCAUGAACUCGGCCACAACUGGGGAGCUUAUCAUGAUGAUAAUGCUCAAAGCUUACGUAUUGCAACAGAAGACGACGAAUGUCUGCCAAAAUCAUCUCAAGACGGCUACUAUGUGAUGUUUCGAAACGCAGUGACAGGAGACAAACCCAACAAUAAUAAGUUUUCCAUAUGUUCAAAAAGUCAAGUGGCCGGUCAAUUGUCAAAAUGUGUCAGCAUCGGCUUCAGCGAAACAAAGAACCAAUCUUGUGGCAAUUACAAAGUCGAGGACGGAGAGGAAUGUGACUCGGGAUUUAAUAUUGGUGGAUCCUCGUUUUGUUGCACCAGCGACUGUCGGCUCAACAAAAAUGUCACUAAUGGACUGCCAGCGCAGUGUGAUGGGAAGAACCCCAACGAACAGGCAUGCUGCCAAAACUGUCGCUUCCAGAACGAGGGGCACGUUUGUCGCGAGUCGAACCAGUGCAUGGAAAAAUCCGUCUGUAGCGGAGAUAGUGCUAUUUGUCCAGUUUCGCGGCCUAAAGACGACGGAACGCAAUGUACUGAUGCUGAUGGCCUUCAAUCACAAUGUAAAAUUAAUCCUGCUACAGGCAGGAGUGACUGUCAAGAUAUCUGUCAGCAGCUCGAUAUGGAGAUAUGCUACUGCGACAAGAAAGACGAUUACAUAGAAAUGUGUCAUCGUUGCUGCGAGGACAAGAAUCAAACGUGUCAACCUGUUCAUAUCUGGGCAAGUAGACUUGAAAAAAUCGACCCAGAUCUGAAGACGCUGCUGGAGAACCCUGUCAUCAUGAAAAACAACUCUGUUUGUCAUGUUGGUCUCUGCCAGCAAAGGGUUGACCCCAACGAAAAUAUAAACGUCACUCGUUGCAUUGUCAAUAUCGGAGACACGCCAAGUCUCAGCAAUAUCCUGGAGUACUUUCAGCCUGAGAAGUUCAAGGAUCUUGUCAAGAACAAUAUAACUGGAGCGAUAAUGAUUUUCAGCUUUAUGCUUUGGGUUCCUGCUUCCAUGUUUAUUUGUUACGUCGAUAAAAAACGAAGAGAGCACAACGAAAAGAAUAGAUUCCAGUGGGUCGAUUAUAUGUCCAGCUUCAGCUAUACAUAUCCGAAUAUAAAUCCAGAUAUGAUUCAAUCAUUUCCUAAUCCUCCAGGUUUCCCUCCCAAUCAAUCCUACGCCUUGAAGGUUAUGGCACACUUGGAAGACCAUAUAAAACGGGGAAAUGGUGGAAAUGGACUCCCGAGCGAAACGGACUUUCAUUCCGGAACUCGGCUUAAUGAGCAGUCUACUUCUAAUCCGAACAACAGUUCCAACAACAACAUAGAUCUCAGCAAUGUGCCCAAACUGAUCGAGCCGAUCUCUGCUGCGCUCCCAGAAGCGACGGCUUAUAAUCGAAGCUCAAAGAGAAAGGUUAUUCAGAAGGGCAUUGGCGCUCAAAUGUCUUGGCUAGAAUCGGAAUCGAAAAGAACGCAAAACUCCCAUCUUCAGCAUCAAAUAUCCAAAGAAACGAGCCUUUAA